AUGGUCUCUCAUACAGUUACUGGGAUGUCCUUUCUGUGUCUCUUCUCCCGGUCUUGCGCAACAGAACCGAAGGACCUCUGGGGCAAGGACAAGGGGCGAGGGGCAAGGGACGAGAGGCAAGAGGCGAGGGGCAAGGGGCGAGAGGCAAGAGGCGAGGGGCAAGGGGCGAGGGGCAAGGGGCAAGGGGCAAAGGGCAUAGGGCAAGAGGCGACGGGCGAGAGGCGAGGGGCAAGGGACAAGGGGGGCAAGGGCAAGGGGCGAGGGGCAAGGGACGAGAGGCAAGAGGCGAGGGGCAAGGGGCGAGAGGCAAGAGGCGAGGGGCAAGGGGCGAGGGGCAAGGGGCAAGGGGCAAAGGGCAUAGGGCAAGAGGCGACGGGCGAGAGGCGAGGGGCAAGGGACAAGGGGCAAGGGCCGAGGGACAAGGGAUGA